AUGGUCUGGGUAAAUGCUUCCAGAGUGCAAAGCUUUGCUGUGAGAUGCCUCAUUAAAGACUUUGAACACCGCCCGACUGUCUCCGACCUCCUGGAACAUCCCUUUAUCAGACAGAUUCAAGGAAAAGAGAAGGCCCUGCAGAAACAACUCAUGGAGCUCAUAGACCUUCACCAACAAAUGGGUGCCAUUGAAAAGACAAGGCAUGAACGUAUCCACACAAAGAAGGGCCAAGACAUGAAGAGUAACCCCAUUUCAAAUCUGGUUAAUACAGACGAUCUUGCCACACUUGAAGUGUUAGAUGAAAAUACAGUCACUGAGCAGCUGCAAAAGCGUUACAGUGAGGAACAGAUAUAUACCUAUGUUGGAGACAUCCUCAUCGCUGUUAAUCCAUUCCAGAAACUCAACAUCUAUUCCACAGAGCAUUCCCGACAGUACAUUGCCGCGAAGCGUGCUGCGAAUCCACCCCACAUCUUUGCUGUGGCUGACAUUGCCUACCAGGCUAUGGUCACUUACAACUCAGAUCAGGAAAUUUUCCAGCGAAUCUUUGUCUUACAGACCAACAACAGGAUGUUGCAGGAGAAGAUUCUCCAGGUAAACAGCUUACUCGAAGCAUUUGGAAAUGCCUGCACAGUGAUCAACAACAACUCCAGCAGGUUUGGCAAGUAUUUGGAAAUGAGGUUUACCAGUGGCGGGACAGUCAUGGGGGCUCAAAUCUCAGAGUACCUGCUAGAGAAAUCAAGAGUCAUCCACCAGGCUCCGGGAGAGAAAAACUUCCAUAUUUUCUAUUAUAUCUAUGCUGGCCUAGCGCAGAAGAACAAGCUGGCUCAUUAUAAGUUGUCCAAAGGUCAACCACCAAGGUAUCUUCAGGAUGAGAAAAUUACAAUGAUGGAAGAAAUUGUAACUAAUUAUUUCUACAAGGUCCAGUUUGAAGCCCUCGAGCAGUGUUUCAAAGUCAUUGGUUUCACCCUGGAGGAACUGGGGAACAUAUACAGCAUUCUGGCAGCCAUAUUGAAUAUCGGCAACAUUGAGUUCACCUCAGUUGUGACGGAACACCAGACUGACAAAAGUAACAUUGUCAAUCUUGAAAUGCUUGAAAAUGCCUCUUCAUUGCUCUAUAUCCAAACUGAUGAGCUGCAGGAAGCUCUCACCUCUCAUUGUGUAGUGACUCGAGGAGAAACAAUUGUACGACCCAAUACAGUAGAGAAAGCAACUGAUGUCAGAGAUGCGACAGCCAAGGCUUUAUAUGGUCGCCUGUUCAGUUGGAUAGUCAACCGCAUCAAUACCUUACUAAAACCUGAGACGUUUCUGAGUGAUGAUGCUGAUAGUACAGACAAAGGAGCCAACAUUGGAAUUCUUGAUAUUUUUGGCUUUGAGAACUUUAAGAGAAAUUCCUUUGAACAGUUAUGCAUUAACAUUGCCAAUGAACAGAUUCAGUUCUACUUCAAUCAACACAUCUUUGCAUGGGAGCAGAAUGAAUACCUGAAUGAAAAUGUAGAUGCUCGUCUAGUUGAAUAUGAAGACAAUCGACCAUUGCUGGACAUGUUUCUACAGAAACCUGUGGGCCUUCUGUCACUGCUGGAUGAAGAAAGUCGCUUUCCUCAAGCCACUGACCAGACACUUGUAGGGAAGUUCGAAGACAAUCUCAAGUCAAAUUAUUUCUGGAGACCAAAAACGGUUGACUUAAGCUUUGGAAUUAAUCAUUAUGCAGGAAAGGUUCUUUACAAUGCCAGUGGCUUUCUAGCAAAGAAUCGAGACACUUUGCCAGCAGAUAUAGUCCUGUUGUUGAAAUCAUCUGACAAUAAAAUUACCAGGCAGGUUGUAACACACCCACUAACAAAAUCAGGAAAUCUGUCUCAUUCCAGGGGAAAAGGUGCAACUGUCCCUCGAGUUCGAACUCCUCAGCAUGCUACCAACCACUCAAAGACAUGUCUUCAAGAAAAACAACAGCUCCAAAUGCCACUCAAGAAGUCAGCAACUCACAACAACCUUCGGAACUCGUUCCGUCUGCCACAAGCAACUGCAGAGGUUGACAACGGAGAUUCUGUACUUAAUUCCAGGGAAACGACUAACAUGAAGACACAGACUGUUGCCUCUUAUUUCAGGUUUUCUCUCAUGGAUCUGCUGUCCAAAAUGGUGGGUGGUCUCCCUCAUUUUGUUCGUUGCAUUAAACCAAACAAUGACCGCCACGCUAAGAAAUUUGAUCAAGAGAAGGUCUUGGUCCAACUUCGUUACACGGGAAUUUUGGAGACAGCCCGAAUCCGAAGACAAGGAUAUUCACACCGCAUUCUCUUUGCCAAUUUCAUUGAAAGGUACUCCAUUCUUGCAUUUAAGUCGACUGAAGAACCACCAGUGAAUCCUGAUACGUGUGCUGCCAUCUUGGAAAAAGUUAAGCUUGAAAACUGGGUUCUGGGGAAGACCAAGGUAUUCCUUAAGUAUUACCACGUGGAACAGCUCAAUCUCAUGAAGAAAGAUAUCACAGAUCGAAUCGUGCUCGUACAGGCCUAUGUGAAGGCCUGGCUUGGAGCUAAAAGGUACAGAAGAAUACAAGAGAAGAGACAACAGAGUGCUGUUGCCAUUCAGUCAGCUUACAGAGGGCACAAAGUGAGGAUGGACAUUGCUAUUGAAAAACAGAAGAUAGAGCAGAGCACCAUCAAACUCCAGGCUGCGACAAGAGGAUACCUGUGCAGAAAAGAAUACAAAGAGAUGAUGGAGGAAAAGAGAAGUGCUGCAAUAAAAAUCCAGGCUCACUACAGAGGCUAUGUGGAGAGAAGGGAUAUCAACAUGAAAAUGCAAGUCCUAGGACAUGACACAAAGCAAACAAAUAUCUCUGGUCAAGAAAGGAACUCAAUCGAGGGUGAUGGAGUUAAGAACGAUUGUGUGUCCAAUAAAAGCACUAAAAACAAGCUUGGGGAAAAUCCAGGAAGGACACCAUCAGGCCAUGCUCUGAUCAAAGUUGAAGAAGGCGGAGGUCCAAAAGUCAUUCCUGGUAACCAAGAGAAAGGACUAAGUGAGAAAGAAGACACCAAAGCUGCAAUUGUUAUUCCAAAUAAAGAACUAGGUGCUACAGUUAAGGGAAAAGGGAAAUUAGACAGAAAAAGUCAGUUGACAAUCCAAGAAAAAUCUACAACAAUCGGUUUGGAGAAGGAUGAAGAACAAGCAGCAGUGAAAAUUCAAACCAAUUACAAAGGUUAUAAGGAAAGAAAAGAAAUUCAAGAUAAUACUACGAGAGAAGGAGAAAUGUUUGCUACCUUUUCAAAGCAGAUAACAAAGCGUUCUGAGGAAUUCUUGAUGGCUCAGAAGAAGCUGAAUGAUGUCCUUGGUUCACAAUAUCUAACGUUUAAAAAACAGAAUCCACCACCUGAAAAAAAACAACCUGAGAAAAAACCACCAAUUGAGAGAUCUCCAUCACCAGGUCCCAAUAAAGGAGCUGAUCAGAAACAACAAAGAACCCCCAGACGAACACAACCACCAAAGACACUGAAUACUCCUGAAGACAGCACCUAUUACAACCUCAUCCAUAGAUCUGUGCAAGAUGGAAAAAGAAGACCUCGGAAAGACAGCCAAGUAAAGUUGCUGGAUGCAGAUGAUCAUUACUACAAACAAAUUACACCCAAUGAUCCACUAUCCAGGGAGAAUCAUGUUGAAGCAACAGGGAGAAUACCACCUGCACAAGCCAGAUCUACAACACCUAACCGUUCCAACAGGUAG